ACCUUUAUCAACCCGUCCCCGUGUAGAAAUCCAACAUUAAAUCCAAAACUUUUCUGCUACUCGACUGUCUUUUGCCUGUUCUCCGUAACGCCACCCCCAUCGUCGAGGAGGCGACCGCCUCGCACGUACUCCGCUUCAAGAAGCUUUUACGUGUUAAUUCCCUCGUCAAUUACGCAUCGGAGCUGUUUAAAUGAUAGUUUACGUCGGCAUGUGUUGCAGCGAAACUGUUUUAGGCAUGGUUUUGAGCGUGAAACGGAGGUCUGCUUGACGGCGAGGGAGGAGGGGUGCGAGUGUUUUCUAACACAUCUGUAAGCGGAGCCCACGUUCAUUAAUUAAAUGGCUUUAGUCGGGCUAGGCCUCAAUUUGCGCUGUUGAACAGCAGGCGGCGGGCGGUGCAACACUACAUGCCCGAUUGGCAGCCUACAAUCAGAGGGGAGGAGCCUGGAGAGACGGUGAGCAGUGAAUCCAAUGGGGUGGCUCUGUGGCUAUGCCCCCUGUGUCAACAAGGACAAGCAGACCGCUCCUCCUUAUCUUUGCACCUUACAGAUCAACACAGUGUUCUUCCAUCGUGUGUUGAGAGGCUGCUCGACAUUGCUGGUCUAAAACAAGCAGCUCGUGCACAUGAAGCCACAGGUGCUCAAAGCUCUUCAGAUGCUGCAUCUUCAGAUUUAAAAGAAGACCUCAGUUCAGGCCUGUGUUCGUCGAACGAGACUUCAGACUCUGCAGAAACGAGUGGAGAGAAAGAGAUGGAGGAGGAGAAAGUAUUAGAUCAGGAGAAAGGGGAAUCGCAGCCCAAGCCAGAGGAGGAGGGACAGCACCUUACAGCAGCCAAACAGCAAGCUACAUCUGUAAAGGCAGAAAUACCAGAUGCUACUGAAAAAUCAGAUGUUAAAAAAGUGCCAGCUGAAAAUGAUACAAAGCCUUUCAAAUGUUAUGCCUGCUUAGAAGCAUUCCCCAACAAAACUGCUUUAAGUGUCCAUUAUAACUCUGCAGGCCACAUUCAGAGGAUGAAAACAGGAGGGGAAGCUGAUUCACAAAGCCCCCCAGCCCCCGCCCUAUCGCGGCCAUUUGUAUCAAAUAAACCCUACCAGUGUGCGAUCUGCAGAGUCUCCUACAAUCACGCCAUCACUCUCGAGAGCCAUAUGAAGUCUGUCUUGCAUCAAACACGAAGUAGAAAUGCAGGCAUAGUCGCAAACAGCACAGUGGCCACUAGUAACACCACAAGUGUCCCGAAAACUGUGGCGAGCAAAUCUGGGAACAGUCAGUUAGUCAGUGCUGCUCCUUCUCCUUCAGCUUUGAUGGUUUCUGCUGCAAAAGAUGGAGAACAGAUUCAGACUUCGCAAGUGGCCACCUCUCUCCUCACCUCCCCUGUGGCUUCUGCUCAGGCCGUCUCUGCCUUCCUCACCCUUUUAACAUCCAGCCCCAACACCCUGUCCCACUCCAUUCUGCCCUCCUUGUUCGCAGCUGGUACUGCAGGUGCCACUGCGCCUCAGCUCGUGCCUCAGCCUCAGAUGGUCAUGCCAUUGAUUUUAAAUGGGCUCCAGGCUCAAACCCAGCAGCUCCCAGAGAACCAGCAAAGCCAGCUCCUCACACAGUGCGUGCCAUUCGUAGGCCUCAGUGCAGCCCAGCAAGCUCUCCUAGCCCAAAGAUUUAGCAGCUUACAGAGCCAAUGGCCCUCCGCAGGGGUCCCUCCAAACAUACAACCCAGUUCUGAAGAGCAAAAACCAGCCAUCAAAUCUGAGAAAGAACAAGACGAAAGUGAUGACAAAAAUUCAGAUCAGUCCAAGGCCAGUAAAGGCUCAGAUACAGUGAGUACUAAAAAAGAGGAAGAGGAGAAUGGUGAAUUUGCACUCGAUGUAAAAAGCAGAGUGAAGGUUGAGCAUAAUGAAGACAAUGCUGAGGCGCGUAGAGAUGGCACAACAGAUGGAGACGGCUCGACUAAUCAGUUGGACCUGGAAGGUGAUAAAGCAGCGAGCUUGACUCUCUCCCCAGCGGGCGUGGACAAGAGCCUCCGCAAUAACAACCUCUCGCCUUCUGUAUCUGUGCCCAGCAACGCCAGCCUGAGUCCGGUCAAUUUAAACCUCACACUUAGCCCUGAUUCUACCCCUCAAAAAUCACAGUCAGGUACCAGCCCCUGCGGUUCACUUGGCACCCCUAUAAACAGCCCAAGUAUAAACGCCUUAACCAAAAUCAGAAGUAGGUCAGUCUAUCGGGAUCCACCGGUGUUGUCCGAAUUUCAAACAGAGGUGUUGUGGGCAUUUCUAGAAUCCCGUAGUGAAGCAGACGCAGCCAGCCCUCCCCGUGAAGACUGUGAGGCGUUGGGCAGAGAGGUAGGCUUAUCUGAGGAUGAGGUACGGAGGUGGUUAACUCACGCACGGCUUCUCAAGAGGCAAAAAGCAGCAGGUUUAGAGCAUUUACAAGCACUGGCGAGACAAAUCCAAGUUUCUGAUGAUGAGGAGGAGCGCUCACUUGUGAUAGCAGAAGGGGAGGAGGAAGAAGCAGGUGGUGGGAUGGUGUUAGACUUGUCCAGUACUAGAGCAAAGCGUAAAAGGAAGAAUUGGGGAAAGGAGGGCCGUGGGGAUUCCUGUCUCACUUCCGACUCUGAAAAUGAAGUUUACACUUCUGUCAUUGUUUCUGAUGAGGAGAGCCAGAAUGGUUCUUUUAGAGAGGGCGUGGAGAGUCCAGCAAAAGAGGUAGCCCAGAAUAGUGACAAAGGGGCAGCGGGUGGGAAGGUUUUACGCUCUACAACUGUAUUUUUGUCUGACGCAGAGGAGGAGUAUGAGGAUGACGAGGGAGGGACAGGUCGCAGGGCUAAAAAACGAAAGGGAGAGUUUGAGAAAGAGGAACUUGAAGGAAAAAGGGAAAGGCAGGAUUCAGAUGUGGAUUUGGAGUUGGAGGCACAAGGGGACCCACCCAGUUCCCAGAUUCAAGCUCUUAACAUCCCAGCCGGAGCACUCCACUCUCUGCCCUUGUCUCUGGCUUCCUUUUCUCCUCAGUUCCUUAGCCCAUAUGUGCUCUCGCUCAGCCCCUCUAUUGUCGGUGAUGCAGGCAAAGUGCCACUGUUUUCAAAUCCACCAACUAUUACACGAUUUCCCAACUCACUCCUGUCUCAGUCACUCGCCCAAAGCCAAACUUCUCUGUUCAUGUCCAAUGGUGGGGACAGUGAGGGAGCUCUAGAUCUAAGCAUGGGGAGUAGUUCAAAGUCGCCAUCUUCCGCAACAUCUUUGGCUGAAAAAAUUGCAGCGCAGAAAGGACAGUUACUUGAUGGGCUUGGCUUGAGGCCCACAGCAAAGGGGCUGGUGGUCGUUCAAGUUAAGCCUGAAUCAGCAGUGCCCACCUCCAAUAGUGGCAUGAAUCUUGUCAAUUGCAAUAACAUGACAAAGUCUGCCAUUUACAUGAGGGCUGCAGAGAAGAUGAAUGCGUCUCUAUUGGAAAAGGAGCGUGAAAAAGACCAGGGCGGAGAGCAGGACUCUCAUGGAGGCAGGAAGGCCAAAGGGAAACGAUAUCGAGAUAUGCGUCGCUCACGGACAAUUAUCCAAACUGAACAACUCGAUAUUCUGUACGGAUGCUAUUUUAAAGACCCGAAUCCUGGAAAACAUGAAUUUGAACAAAUUUCUGAGUGGGUCCAACUGCCAAAGAAAGUUGUUCAGAUUUGGUUCCAAAACAUGAGGGCCCGGGAGCGGAAAGGUGAGGUCCGAUUUAUUAGUGACGGGACUCUGGCAGCGGUUGGCAAACCUUUAAUCAAAUUUACCUGGCCUUUGGCCAAACCUAUAUUUUCAAAGAAGCCUCCAACCCCCAGUAACAAUAAUACUGGGGGCAUUGCAGCUGCUCCCAUUGUACGCACUAUGAUAAAAGCAGAACCAGAUCCUGUGAAGGAGGUGAGCAAAGUGACUAUGGUGAAGAAAAUCAUCCCAAUCCCCAUUAAACCCAAGGAGAUACUCUCCGCCACUGCAGUGUCCCCUACCACUGCAGCGCCAAAGACCAAGCCCGAAACCACCAGCAAUGUUACAAUGGUUAAAGUUACCCCCAAAGUCAACCCUGUGAUUCUACCACCACCUAAAGACCCUCCUCUAGUGCCCCGGCCAGCAGAGAAAAGGAAGCUGGAGGAGGAUGAGAGUGAAGAGGAUGCGACAGAUGACGAGAAAGACCAUGAAAGCCAAACCUCUCAUGGCCCAGGGACUACCAACCGCAUGGUGCCCAAGCUGCCCACUACUCCCAUCAACAACAGGCCUUCUGCCACCACCACCGUCUCGCAGAAGCAGAACGGCCUUAACUACUGGACACCAAAAGUCCCCAUCAAAAUCAACACUUUGUCUAGAGAACAGCUCGCCCUCCCAACUCACCUGCCACCUCGCUGCCUUGCCCCUCCCCCCACACCAAGCAUUGCUCCGGUCAGCCCCAAUACCCCCAACUCUGCAAAAGUGACCAGCCCUCCCACUACCCCAGCAGUUGCAAAGUCAAGCCCGACGGAUAACAACUUUUUGUCCCACUCUUCUAGCCGUAGACCACGUACUCACCUCUCCUGUCUGCAGCUGUCCAUCCUGCAGUCCUGUUAUGAGACGUGCGCACACCCAAACUGCCUGGAGUGUGAGGCCAUCGGCACAGAGCUCAACCUGCCACUUAAAGUGGUGCAGAUCUGGUUCCAAAACACAAGGGCCAAAGAGAAACGCUGGAAACUGCAGCAAGAGAAAAUGACUACUCCGUCAGGUGAGAAGAUGGACACAAGUUCAGGAAGCUAUCUCCAGUACAGCGCACUCAAGGCCAAUCGUCCUAUCCUUCCAAAACCGGUGCACCUCAACAUCAGUGUGUCCGCCUCUUCCCCAGUGGACGGUCAAUCGGCUAAAGAGCUUCUAACAGGCCACUGCGAUGUUUGCGAUGUGUCUUUUGAUUCUCGUGCUGCAGCCAGAGAGCACGUCUUCUCCCAGUAUCACCUGGCCACUCUGAAAACCACUAACUUUGGGCAGCCCGUGUCCCUCAUCAAUAAGAAUGGCACCAGUAACAGUGGAUCCAGCGCUGGCUCUGGGGCAACUCUGCAAACGGCCACCAGCAGCAGUUAAAGACUCAGAUCAGGACUGGUCUGCACACAAACUAUUUGGACCCAUUUGGGCUCCUCAGAUUUUAUUAAGCCAAUAUGAGCACUAAUCUUCAAAAGCUAAUAUGAUUUAGUUUUUGACAUUCGCUCUCCCUGCACCUGCAAUCCUUCACUCACUCUUCUUUGACUUUUCAUCAAUAUUCACCAGAUAAUUUCUGGGCUGCUUAGCACUGACUGCUGCUGCCAGACGAGUGAAGAACACUGCUCCCUAAAUACUAAAUAAUCUAACGUUUUGGUCCUAACCCUGUGGCUAUAUUACCUUUCCUAUAAUUUGUAAAGGUUCAGCUUUGACCUGCUUGAACACAAGACUGAUGCAAGAAUUAUUCUUCUGACCGAGUGGCCAUUUUGCGAUGGGCUCACACUUUUGGGAUAAUACAGAGGACUUUCGUUAACUUGCAGUUUGCGCCUGUGGAUUUAAUUUCUUAUGCCUACCUGUUGAGCAAAUAUUGCUUCAGUAUACUAUAAAAAGACUGACCUAUAGGCAGAAGAAUGAGUUUUCACUAUCACUUUACAUUUGCUUCUAGGGUGAUAUCUACCUAUUUGUGAUAUAAGAGGUACUUUGACAAGAAUAGGGCUGUUGAGUUAUCUCCAAUUUAAAUGUCCUAAAUUUCAUGACAAUCCUAAUACACAGGGCAAAAACAACUUUAUAAUCUUGGCAUACCGCACUUUGGACACAUUUUACAUUGCGAGAGGUUUUAAGCAUUCUGAUGCAAGUGUCUUUCUGGAAAGAUGCAACAAUGCAUGGUGGAUGCCUUAAUCACUAGAAUGAAAUGAUUUUGCUAGCAUAAUAAACUUUGCUUUAGAGGUGCGCUUAUGUGCAAGUAAGUGGUCCGGGUUUGUAAAUUUAGAAGUACUGUUGAGUUUUACUUUUUUUUUUCUUUUUUUUUUUUUUUUUAGAAAAAUCGCAAUCUGUCACAUAAAAUAAUUGAACUGUGUGUUUGCUAAAAGGCUAUGCCUACAGAUUUUAUUUGUAUGAAUUUUGGAUCCUGUGGAACUCCCCUAAAAUACACGUGUCCUUUUGAAGCUCCUCUAAAUCACUGGGACUUCACCUAUUUAAAGGUGCAAAGGAUAAAACGGCCUUAAAGAGACAGCACCACAUAGUCUGUCCAGGUGGUCCUCUACCGAAACUUUCAGCCACAUCUGUCACUGCUCAUCCACUUUCUACUGUUUCAUUUCUUGUUUGUUUUUUUUGUAUUUACAAUUUGCAAGUCUUUUAUGUAGAUAUUUAUUCAUACAUUCAUCCAAUUGGUAUUUUUCAGGUCAAAAGCCAAACGUCAGACAUGUUGAGGUGUGUUUUCCAUGACCUCCAUAUUGUUUUUAGUUUUGAAACGGUUACUAAUUCUGGGAUUGUAUGUGCUGUGAAACCUGAUCUGACUAUGUCUGGAAACAAAGACGGGGAGAAAGCGGGGUGUCUGUAGUGUCCCUAAGGGAUUAUAGAUGCUCAAAUUAACCAAGCAAAUUUGGGAACUUUUAUAAUAUGUUGACUGAGAGUUAAUAAGAUGGUGCUGUUUUGAAGGAUGCAUAACUUACUAAAGAUGUUUUCCUUCUGUUGAGUUGUAUAUUAAUGUUACUAUUGAUAGUUUUAACAAAAUGCAAAACUAAAAGCUAAACUUUUGUAAAGAAAUAUAUAAAAUAACUGAUUCCAAAGUAAUCCUUUCUUCGCUUUCUGUCUUUCAAAAACCAAAAAGCAAUCUUAGGUUGACAGAGAGCAGGACAGGUGUUUGUAAAUGCAAAACUGUACAGGACGUCCCAUGGCUUGACACUUGCACUAGUCCACAUUUUUGCACAAGCUACAGACAUUUCAACAUGAACACUUCUUUAACACUCACUCUGUGUUUGGGGGAAAGAAUCUUUUUUUGAAGAGUAAUUAUUUGUACACCUAAUGUAACUUGUGAAUUAAGCAUGGACUGGAGUGAAUCUCAAUACUGGGAUCCCACACGCACACGGCAAACAUGGUGUUGCACUGUCCAAUCUAAAUGGGUUUUUAUGGAGAUCUGCUUUUUACUUUGACGUUUGUCACAUUAUCACUAUUGUUAUAACUGUACUACUACUUAUAUGAUUAGCAUUACUACUCCUCACCGUUUAUCAUUAUUAUUGAUCCAUAAUGGGUUUUAAAGCCACCUCCGCUCGAAAGGGUAUAUUCCUAUGAAUAUUGAACAAUAGUGGCAGUGUUGUUAUGACUUGUUAGAUUUAUAAUUAAGCUUAUCUUUUCCUCAUCACUUGUACCUGCCUUUUGUGUUUGGUCUCCAUUAUGCUUUCUUUGAUAUACAGAAAAAUAAAAUCAGUUAAACAACAAA